UGGGAGCUGACCAUGCGCCAUGGUUGGUUGCGGGCAUGGAUCUACGUUUGUGCGAUUGGGAUGAUCGAUAGUGACAUGUUGGAGAAAGGAAGGGGGUGGCAAACGGUGGAUGCGAGGAAUGGUCUGGGCAGGAAAGACGCGGGUACAGUUUGGUGAGCAGAGGGGGAGUUGGUGUUGCACUUGCUGCCGCAGGCAAUAGGAGCUCGAAACAUGUUGACAAGCGACAGGAGGGCGAGCUCGGCCCGGCGAGGUUUGCAAGUUUUGGGGAAGAUACCUGCAGUACCUAAGCCUAUCAACCUGCCAAGCCAACGGUUGGAGAAUCGUGGACUGGACCCGAAUGUGGAGAUCGUACCAAGGGGUAGUUUGAGCUGGGGAUCUGGUGGGACUUCGCCGUCGACGAGUAGCAACGCAUGGGGGAGUCCAGCACAGGCAUCGUCUCCGCCUAGUGGCACUGGAGUAUGGGGACCAAAGGCGGGUGCAGCAUCCGGGGGCAGCAGCGGGACGGGUGGAGGGGCAACGUCGGGGAGCAUUCCACGUCCGGGGUCGGGAGGCGGCGGCGCGCGUCCGCAGUCAGCGGAAAGUGUGGGGCAGACGCAGCAGGCGGGCGAGUCGUUUGGAGGAAAUACGAACUCGAGCAGCGCGUGGGGUGCGAGGCCGUCUUCGGCUUCUGGAGUGUUGGGGCAAGCGCAACCGCUGCUGGCGCAGGCGCAAGCUCAAGCCCGUCCUCGGAGCGCGGACAUUUCACGGCCGAGUCGGAACCUGUCGGAGUUUGGGGAUGAGUCGGGAGAGUCUACUCCACCGGGCAGCGCAUCAUGGGCGACGCGGCGCAGGCUGGUAGGAUAUGGAUGGGUUGAUGGAUUUCGUGGGGAAUGCAGUGGGCAUGGGCGUGGUGGAGACGAGAGAGGGUGGGUGAGCAGAGCAGUUGGGGACGCAGUGUGAGGUGGUGGUGGGCGA